UCACAUCUCGUUAGUACACAUUUCGCUGUUCCCGCUAUCCACACUCUUCCGUCGUAACGUCGGUACAGUGUAAAAGAAUCGAAAAAAUUAUUCUGAAGGAUUAGAAAAGUGCAAGGACACAAACUGAAAAAUCUAUAAUAGUGAGAUAAUAAAGAUUUCAUCAAACUCCAUGUCAAGACCAUUGUAUUUCAAGGAUCCUAAUGAUCGGAUAGUGGAUGAUACAUGACAGCGCAUGACUCGGAGUUUAAAGUAAAUCCAAGAAGCAUAAUCAUAUCCGGAUAUGUGGUGGAUCUUGUUGUUGAGCUGCUGCUUGUAUCCUUCGUCGUGGAGCAUGACUUGGUACCCUCCAGCUGCUUCGAACGCGAUGCGCGGAGAACAAAUGGAUCUCAUGGAUGCCAUUAAUUCUACUUAUGCCCCUAUCUGGACGAGAAGUACUGCGAGCAACGGCGUUGCGGUUGACGGCCCGGAAUCUGUCGAUUUGAUCGAUUCGGGACAAUUCCCCGUCAAUUCCGUCGAUCGCGACCGCGAACCACUGGACGAAGUAGAGCGCAUCGAACCCAGGCAGUGGCCAGGCAGACCGGAUAUCCUACCGACCCGCAGUACUGCGCCUUUCACCACGGAAAGGUCUUUACCACCCAGGUCUCCGCAGCCCACAACGCUGGCGCAAAGAAAUCCUUCAACGCAAAGAUUUCCUACGAUUACUGUACCACCUCCAACGGUUUCCGUCGACGAAGUCUUCUGCGAUUUUGGGCCUGCACCAUCGAUGCCUCUUUGCGAAUGGCAAAAUGGUAAUGGUGCCUUGGAAUGGACUUCAGGUACUGGAAUGGGCACUAACUGGUUGGGUGGACCAACGACCGAUGCCACAAGUGGCUCUAUGGAGGGAGGAUACGCCUUUCUGGAGACAUCACUGAUACCUUCGAAGGACCUCAAGUUCAAGAGUUCUGGUGGUCUUUUGCAUAGUCCGCAACUGGGUAGUACCGGGGUCUCCGGUACUUGUUUUAUGUUCAAAUAUACUAUGGAUGGUCUCAGCAUCGCGGGACUACGAGUACUGCUUCACGUUGGAAAAGACGAGUUCUCGUUUAAGAAGGAACAACCCGAGGAACUGCCCACAGAAAAUAUUACAGUACCUUGCGAACCGGUAGAGAUCACAGAAGAGCGGGUACUGUGGCACGCGCAGUAUUACACGCUUGGUGCGUGGCAGCAGGCCCAAAUACUUUACACUUAUCCUGAAUUACACUCGAUAGUUAUUGAAGGUGUGCCAGUGGACUCCACGGAUCCGUCGCGUCUAUAUCGUGGAUACAUCGCCAUCGAUGAUAUAGAUCUGCAGCCUGGUACGUCGUGCGUUGGAUUCUGUAACUUUGCUGCCGGCUUUUGCGACUGGAACAAUGAUGCGGAAGAUGAUUUUGACUGGACCAUAAGUCGUGGAAGUGGAAAUCCUACGACUGGCCCGGCGAUGGAUAGCUCUACUGACCGUGCCACAGCCGGUGGUUACGCUUUCAUUAAUUCUGGUUUUCCGCGAAGACCCGGCGACUCAGCGAAAAUCAUAAGUUCGAGCUUUCCAGCAACAAUGCCGGAUGCGCCGAUGUGCAUGCAUUUCUGGUUCCACAUGUUUGGAUCCGGAAUCGGUUACUUAAAAUUAUUCCUACGUCAUUUUCGCAGCUCAAGCACGCAACUGCAGGAGAUUUGGGGCUUGUCCGGAAAUGCCGGCAACGCUUGGUUCAUGUCGCAAGUUACAAUCAGUUCCCUUGACGAUUUUCAAUUAGUUUUUGAAGCAUCGGUAGGGAUCACCAACAUGGGAGACAUCGCGAUUGAUGAUAUUUCAUAUGGACCAGGCGCUUGUCCUGUCUCACCUCAAGUGGCUGCUCCGAUAUCGCGGGAUUGUACCUUCGAGAUCGACGAAUGCGAAUGGAUCAACUCGCGAGAUCCGGAUCGCGUCGAAUGGGAAAGGGUGUCUACUCAAGUGUUAGGUCCAAGGAACCAGAGGAAACCGUAUAGCAGUGGACAUACGAUUAAUCGACGCAACGAAUUUUUUCUGGGGCUCGCACGUCUCAGAGGUGGUUCGCGAUCAUCCGGAGGUGGUACCGCUCAGCUGGUCAGUCGACAGAUGAAGGGUUCUGAAGAACCACUCUGCAUCACAUUCUGGUACUUUAUGUUCGAGCCCUUUAUCGAUUCCACAGGACCCAGCUUAGGCGUUUUGCGACUAUACGUGCAAACAGAGAGUGAUAGUUCGAAGGCUAAACCUAUAUGGCAGUUAUACAAUAAUCAAGGGCCCACGUGGAAUUAUGCUCAGGCUAAUAUCAAUCAAAAUACAGACUUCAAUGUUGUAUUCGAGGGCACAUGGGGUCCAAACAGAGCGAGUGGUAGCAUAGGAAUUGAUGAUAUCGCUUUUUAUACUGGAAACUGCAGUGUAAAACCAAUAAGUGCAGUCGUCCGUGCAGAAGACUGUAGCUUCGAGAAGGAUUUAUGUGGAUGGGAGAACACAACUGUUUCCGAUAAUGACCGAGCUGUGAUGUGGCAACGUGCGUUCCAGACCCAUCGACCGGCUCAAUUAUUGGACAGAACCUUUGGCGCAACUGGCGAUUUUGUAUUCUUUGACAUCUUCACAACAAAUAAAGAAUCGACGAAAGUUCAGCUGCAAUCACCCGUCAUCAAUGCCUCGCCCGACGAAGAGUUCGUAUGUUUCACCUUUUGGUUCGCUGCUUUUGGCGUGGAGGAGUCCACCACUCUGCGAGUGAUCAAAAUGCCUACCGAGGGAGAGGUCGAGGGAGAGAGCGAAGGCGAACAGGAGCAACCAUUAUGGUCACUGACAGCUAAAGGAUUAAAUAAUCCACGACCGGUAUGGAUGGCGGCACAAGUGACGAUUGAAGCACGAACUCCAUAUCGACUUAUUCUCGAGGGAAGCGCCAGUAAUGGAGGUUUUGCUGUUGAUGACAUAAAGCUUCAGCCUCUAGCCUGUGCAACUCGACCAGCCAGUGCUCAACCGAUCCAAAAUGAGACCUGAGAAGAACUAUGUGGUAUUUGCGAAAUAAAUCUUUUUUAAUGUCAAAGUAAUCGUUUUUCAUUGAGCAUUUAGUUAUAAUGUUUAUAUGAUACUGUAUAUUUUAACUGUAUUACAAAUAGAAUAAAUCAUAUAUAGAAUAAAUAAAUCAUUUUAAUUAGAAUAAAUGUAUUAUAGAAGCAUACACAAUUAAAAAAAUGUUUAUACGAUUAAAGAAAUAAUAAAUA